AUGGCCCACCAACGAGAGCCCAGAAUGCCCAAAUUGAACAAGAAACAGAAACCGGGGCUUCAGGCGCGAGAAGCGUUGUUCAGUUUUGAGACAGAAGAAGAAGGCGUGUUGGAUGCUUUCUUGAAUGUGCUAGUGCAGAAAAGCGGGCACAACGCGGUUGAGGAAGAGGUGUCGGAGAUAGAGCAUGACGACUCAUCAAGCGACUCAAAAUCAUCAGAAACUGGUGUUUAUGCGCCCAUGGACGUCCUGAACCUUGCUAGGUUUGCGUCACCAGCUACCACUAAGCUUCGGAGGAAAAUGUGGUUAUCUCUGACUGCCCAUGUCCAACUCAGCAAGUUACUAGAGGCUGCAAAGAGUUUGAGCGAUUAUCAUUUCGAUACAUGGUCAAGCCCAAAGAUCUUGGAGAGGACGUCUGAAAUGGCACAGGACGAAUGGGAGAAAGCAAUCGAGCACCAAUACCAAACCUGGCACAACGACACCACAAACAAGCUCAGCGCUGAGAUCGAUGUGCAUUCCUUCUCCAUCCGGCAAUGGCAGAUGACCGAGGAACAUGGAAAUAUGUCGAAUUCCGACACACUGCCUCUGGUUGUGGAGGCUGAGACAACUACCGCCAACCUCAGAAAGCUACUGGUCAUACUGCGAGACUUCAAGAAUCAGAUGAAAGGAGAAUAUGUCAAUGCUCACCAGCAUACCGAUGCCACUGAUUUGGCGUAUAUCAACUCCAUGAUCCAGCGCUUGACUAAGCCCUACCAGUCACCACAAGUCCAUAAAGCAUGGUACAAAGGUCCCGACGGCCGCGAUCUCGACGCGCCGGAGCGAUCUGACGAAUAUGUCAAGGAAUACUAUGGCAGCAACUGGUGCCCUAUCGCGCGGCAACGCUCAAGUGCACAUCGGGCUAUCCGUCUAGUGCAUUACAACACAGGCGACCACGCUUGCGACUAUCUCUUCGGCAGACCAGACAGUACACGUGGCCACUUGAUGGACCCAUCCAACGGCCUCCCGCUUUACUGGGAGUUCAAGCGUAUGCUCAACAGAGCUCAGAUCAUCAUCGUUCCAGCCCGUGUGGGUGAUACCGACCCCGACACCGGCAAAACAGUACAAGAAACUGACAAGGAGCCGUACAAAGUACGAGUGCUGGACCCAGAGUUGAGGAAUAGGACUCGCGACAAAAAAUGGCCUGUCGCCUACACACAGCUUGACGGAAGGAUCCUGGAGUUUGCAAACGACAACCGGCCGAAGAAGAUGUACCUGUGGUACCGCGCCGUUUUGAACAUCGCGGUGCGACAUAGGCUUCAGGCGCCCGGCUGGGAGGGAGAUAUAGAAGCCCUAGGACAGAACUCAUGGUGCGCACCCGGUGAAUCGCUCCGGCGAUCUACCAUGCACGCGAUUCUGAAGCACGUUGGCUUCAUCGAUGACCCUGAGUCUAUCUUCGCACUAGGACCCACUUUAAAGGGCCCCUCCGACGAAGAUGCAAAGGAUAAGCUCAUAGCCGAUCGAGUGGCCAUGGUACUGGAUACAACGCAUACAAGCUGGCUUAAAUCCCGUCGCAGUGCUUUCGCGAGUAUGCAUGCAGAGAAAGAGGUGGAGAUUGAUUGGGAAAACGAGGCGCAGGAGCAACACCAUAAAUUUGCGUCGCGCGAGUUGUGUUUAGAAGCGGGUUUUGUGUGA